AUGGAAGGAAUCAGGCAGGAAGGGUCGUCCGGCGCCCGAAAUGGCGCCAAUGCCGCGAAUGCGACCGGCUCGUCGAACCUGCACGCCCGUCCUACCGUCGCCGACUUGCACGGAGAGAACCACUUCGCGCAGGUCGCGAGAAAGAAUUGGUUGACGGCGAAGAAGACGCCCAAGGUGCGGCCCGAGGUGGUCAAGAAAGAGCUGUGGGACGAGCUGGAGGAUGGCGACUUUGCAUACUCGUCGCUACUCAUUCUGGAGAACCUGCAGCUGCUGGAGCGAUAUCUGUGGCCGGGCUUUACCGAGGAUGCGUCAAACUACCACCAUCUGCUUCUGGCCCUCAUGAUCAACGUGAAGAGAAGGGAGAAUCUGGCGUCUUGGGGUAAGGAGCUCUGUUCACAACACUUUGCGAGCAAGCCGGCCGAGUUCUCUUCCUUCUUCCGCCGCAUACUGUCCAUGACCGUCGACCCUGCACAGCCCUCCAAGAUCCGGACACAGCUGGUUUCCUUCGUCAUCGGCGCAUUCCAGUCCCUAGACAGCGGUCUCGUCCGAAAGGAGUGCGCGCCCCUGGUCGGCAUAUCGAUAUGGCAGAACCUGCACGCCGAUGCUGUGCGUGAGGCGCAGUUCGAAGAACACCAGAUGUUGCGCAAGGCCUGGAGAGCGACAUCGAAACGGUUCGACGCUGCAGACGAAGCGCUACAAGCCAGGUUACGGUUCGAGCGGACGUGGCUCUACUCUCUCGUCCUGGACUUCAUCAACAGGCUAUACAACAGCACCACCAAGGAGGAGAUUCGAGACAACUUGGCAUACUGCGAGCGCUUCAUGGAGCUGCUGACGGAUCUGGAGAGCCAGCUGCCAACCAGGAGAUAUGUCAACACAUUACUCAAGGACCUCAAUCUCCUGCCAGCAAUCAGACUAUCACCCCUGUACACGGACGAAGAGAACGGCUUGUUCAGGGAUCUUUUCAAUCUGUUGCAUCACUUCGCAAACUUCCCAAUCGAAGACCAGACUGGCAAGCAACUGUCAAAGCUAGAGUACGACCAGCAGCACUACGAUAUCUUGGCAAAGCUACAACGCACAGGCUACGCCGCAUUCCAGGAGAAGCUGCAGCUGAUGGCACUUGCAAACUAUGGCAGCAUUGGUAACAGGGAGGAGUUGCACGGCCACCUGCAAGUGCUGAGCGAUGACGAGCUAGUACAACUCUGCGCGCUCAUGGACCUCCGGACAGAAUACCCAGCCUCGACCUUCUUGGUCCGAGACCGCACGUUCUACAUGGAAGCCUUACUGUCACUAGUCGAGCAGAAGCCUACAUUCAAGGAUACUGUUCGCGACAUGCCAAUCUUGCCUACUGAGAAAAUACUCUACGAGACGACUUUCCUCAGGAACGAGUCCUACGACGGCUCUAGGCCACUAGCCAUCCCCAAGCUGAACCUGCAGUACCUCACAAUGGGCGACUUCCUCUGGAGAUCCUUCAUCCUCUACCGAGCCGAAGCUUUGUAUGGUAUCCGAAAGGACAUGGAGGACGUCGUGAAGAGGGUGAAGCCGCGAGGGAAGGGUGCCAACUCGAAGUUUGGUGGCAUAUCCAAAAUGUCGUUGCCCAUCAUGAAGCCAGCUGUGGUCGACGUAGCACCAUCGAAAGUGGGAGACGAACAUCCGGCCUACGUGCGAGCAGAGAUCGUUCUGGACGUCAGCCGCUUGCAGCACGGGGUCAGAAGAGAAUGGGAACAGCUCAAGACCGGUGAUGUCGUCUUCCUAGUCGCCAUCGAGGGACAGGAUGAUGUACCCAUGCGUAAUGGCAACAACAACGGGCUGAACUCCGGUGAGGAGUCAGGCCUUCACAAGCUCAGAUGCGCACAGGUCGUACAGGUGCUGGAUGAAAAUGGCCGACCUCUUCGCGAGCAAGUCCACACCGAUGGCUUUGCCCCUCGUGCCCGCCAGCGUCGACUCCUUGUCAAUAUUGACGCAAAGCAAUACCAGCACGACAUGGACAAUACUGCCGAGGGUCGACCCAACGUGUACGAGCACAUGAACCACAUUGUCCGCCGGCGAGGGCGGGAAAACAACUUCCUACCCAUCCUGGAGUCUAUCAAGCGCUUGACGCUUUCGGACAUUCCAGCUCCCUCGUGGCUUCAGGAAGUUUUCCUAGGCUAUGGUGAUCCUGCAUCUGCAUCGUACCAGCGACUGCAUAACAGACUGCAUUCAAUAGACUUCCGCGAUACCUUUCUGGAUUGGCAGCACCUGAUCGAGUCCUUGCCCGGCAAAUCUAUCGAACCCCACGAGGAAGCACAGACAUCAUUUGGGCCUCCGUACGUCGUGCAGUACCCUGCUGCAGCUGAACCAGAGAUCGCGCCUGCAAAGCCUUCGAAAAAGCGGCGUCGCGAUCAAGUCGAGGUUGCACAGCCUAUGCAUCAAUCACUGCAUGUCUCCACCUACAAGCCUCCGAACAUGGGGCCGUACCCUGCAGAUGCACAGAAGCUGAACACAGUGAGGUUCACCCCUGCUCAGGUUGACGCUAUCACUUCUGGCACGCAGCCUGGCUUGACGGUGGUGCUCGGACCCCCGGGCACCGGAAAGACGGACGUUGCGACCCAGAUUAUAUCCAAUAUAUAUCACAACUUUCCGGACCAACGGACCUUGCUAGUGGCGCACAGCAACCAGGCGCUGAACCAGCUCUUCCAGAAGAUCGUGGCGCUUGACAUCGAUGAACGACAUCUGUUGCGUCUUGGCCAUGGCGAGGAAGACCUUCAGACCGACGCCAGCUACAGUAAGCACGGCAGAGUGGAGUCUUUCCUCGAAAGAGGACAGUACUACCUGUCCGAGGUCGAUCGUCUGGCGAGAAAUUUUGGCGCGCCCGGUGCCCAUAGCAGCUCGUGCGAGACUGCAGGUUACUUCAAUCUUGUCUAUGUGAAGCCCGCUUGGACGCAAUACUGGGACAGCGUCUCGUCUGACGAGUCCAGUGUAGAACAAAUAGUCGCAGAGUUCCCGUUCAGAGACUAUUUCUCCAACGCACCUCAGCCACUGUUCCCGCCCACAGCAGAUCGCAGUCAAGCGUUAGACAUUGCGCAAGGCUGCUAUCGCCAUGUCGAGAAGAUCUUCACAGAGCUCGAGGACAUCCGUCCAUUCGAGAUUCUCCGCAACCCCCGCGACAAAGCAAAUUACUUGUUGGUCAAGGAGGCGCGCAUCAUCGCCAUGACCUCGACGCAUGCUGCCAUGCGAAGACAGGAGAUUGCUGACUUGGGAUUUCACUAUGACAAUGUGAUCAUGGAAGAAGCCGCUCAGAUCACGGAGAUUGAGAACUUCAUCCCACUUGCUCUACAAAAUCCUCAGAAUGGAGAGCUGCCAUUGCAACGCAUCGUGCUUGUCGGUGACCAUCUCCAAAACUCGCCCGUCAUCCAAAAUCUGGCCUUCAGGCAGUAUGCCAAUCUUGAGCAGUCUCUCUUUCAGCGCCUCGUGCGUCUCGGUGUACCAACGAUCGCGCUUGAUCAGCAAGGUCGUGCGCGCGCCUCGCUUGCAGAGCUGUACAAGUGGCGCUACCCCAAGCUAGACAACUUGCCGUCAGUGCUCUCGUCUCCAGAGUUCCAGAUUGCCAACGCAGGUUUCAAGUACGACUACCAGUUCAUCGAUGUUCCUGACUACAAAGGCAAGGGUGAGCAGGAGGUGGCGCCUCACGUGCUGGCCAACGAGGGUGAGGCUGAAUAUGCAGUUGCAAUCUUCCAGUACAUGCGACUGCUCGGCUAUCCAGCAAACAAGAUCUCAAUCUUGACAACAUAUGCCGGACAGAAAGCUCUGAUCGGAGAGGUGCUGGGGCGGAGAUGUAAAGGCAAUCCUCUGACAGGCAUGCCGCGAAUCGUUGCGACUGUGGACAAGUACCAGGGUGAACAAAACGACUUCAUCAUCCUCUCCCUAGUCCGCACCCGCAGCAUCGGCUACCUCCGCGACAUCCGCCGCCUUACCGUCGCCUUAUCCCGCGCCCGCCUAGGUCUCUACAUCCUCGGCCGCCGCUCCGUAUUCGAAUCCGUCUUCGAACUCAAACCCGCAUUCGACGUACUCUUCCAACGCCCCGACAAGCUCUCCCUCAUCACCGACGAAAUGUUCGGCGAGACGACGCGCCCCGCCGCGGCACUAGACGUCGAAGGCGAAGCCGUCAUGGAAGGCGUGGAGCAUUUGGGUAAAUACGUGUACGACAUGCAGAAUGCGAAGUUUGAGGCGCUCAAGGCUAAUGGUGGGCAACUACCGACCCGGGAGAUUAAUAUGAGAGAUGCGGUGGUUGAUGAGGAUGGGGAGGAGAAUGUGCUGAUACCCGAGGAAGUUGGGGAUGAUUUUGGCGAGGAUGAGGAUGAGGACUUUGAGGUUAGGAGUAGCGGGCGGCAUUUGGAAGUGCAAGCGACGAGCAGUGUACAAUUAGAUUAG